CCCAGCUGACAUGCCCACGUCAUAUAGACGUCGAUUUAAAGUAAUUAUUGGUCAUCGACGUCGACGACCUUUUAUCGACGUCUCUAAAACGUCGUAUUUGAGACGAACUAUAGACGUCACUAAGAGAGCGUCGAUGUGACGUACCUUUGAGGUCUGUAUUUACAUGUUUUAAAAAGUCUCUAAGAAAACGUCAAUGUGACGUAGGUACUAUGGUAUACUAAAGACUAUAAUUAGAGGUCUUUCAAUUAUGACAUAAUCGCACGUUAAAUGCUUCAAUAUUCAAAUCUUUUUAUAUCAUGUAAACUUUUAAUUUAUUUGGGAUCGGCAGUUAAUCAAGUUUUGUAAUUAUUAUUUUAUAAUUUUUCAAUGCGCAAAUUAAGAUAAUUAAUAUAGCAAAACUUAAUUAUGCUUUAUCAAAAUAUUAGUACGUUUCAGGAUUUCUGCACACAAAUUUAAAUAUGCCGCGCCGUCGUGGUAUUGGUCGUCUCGCGGAAAAACUCUUUCCAAUGGCGAGUCGGUAACGCCAAACCACGCCACCGCCAUUUUUAACAUAGGUGCUUGUGUUCUGUGCAACUGGUGAUUCAACAGGUUAUCUUUUAUUUAUAGUGUUUCCUAAAAAGCUAGUGUUUAUAGUUUUGAAUUUUGUUCUAUGGCUUGAUGGCUUUCAUAGGAGUCGAAUUUACCAAGGAAGAAGAUGGGGGCGGUUUAGGCAUUGUUCAUUACAAAUGGCUAACACCAAGAAAAUCAGAGUGUUUUUGGCCGCCUUUUAAAACCCAAACUAAGUACGAAAAAGUUUUAAAACAGGGCACAUCUCCGGAUGAACAGCAGUGGAAAUUAUACAAGGUGCACAGAGUUUUUUUUGAAUGUGAUGAUUUAGAUAAAGCACGAGAGAAACUAAAAAAGGCAGAAGUUACCUCUGACUUGCAGAGUGACAACGAUAUCGAAGAGGUAGUUGAGAGGGGAAAAAGAAAAUGUUUUGCCCCAAGAAGGCUAUAUGAUAGUGGACCUGACAGCAGUGAUACUGAAGAAAGUGUAUUGCCAAGUCCUCCACCUGUUAUUGUUCCAAAGCGUAAAAGAACUACUUCCUCAUUAAUUGAUAGGAUUUUUGAUAGAAAAACUCCACCACCCAGUUCCCCACAAUUGUCUUCAGCAGAAACAAUUUCAGUUCAAUCAGUCUCUAGCAAUGCUUCAUCAUCUCAGCUGUUUGGAUCGACGUCAAGUAAGGACAGCAACCCUUUAGGUCUAGAACUUGGUCUUUUAAGAACUGUCAAUUACAUUAAAGAACAGAAUACAGAAAUAUUAGGAAUUUUAAAAAAAACUCCUGUUCCGUCGCCGUCGUCGACCUUUAGUUUGAGUGGUCUACCCACAGAAUUGCCUGCAGUAUCUGAAGAAAAUUUGAAAAGCCUUGAAAAAUUCUUGGAGACGGAGGAUAAUCUAAAUAAUUUUGUAAUAAUGCUUCACUGUAAAGACGUAGUGAGUCAAACCAAUAACUGUCUUCGUCGUGUGCUUAGCAACAAACUAGCGUGCAGCUACAGCUUUUUUGGAAAACGUGGAGAAAAGAAACCAUUCAGCUCUUUAAAAUUCAAAAAGUGUUUAGUUGCUGCAAUAUUAAAAAAUAUUCCACACUCCAAAGAAAAAGAAGUAGAAGAUUCAAUAAAAAAUUGGCUCAAGCAUUCACCGCAGCGGUACCGCAACGAGUGUUUGAAGCUAGAUAAAUAUAAUUAAAAUGAAAAAUAAACCAGUGGGCAAACGCCAAAUGUAUCGGCGUAUAAAAAGAGCUGUGGAGAAUACGGUAAGUGACAUUAGACGCACCCAUUUUUUACAGAAUUCCUUAUCAAAUUCAUGCAAUACAAGCAAAGUUGAAAGUCAAAUUAAAAAUUUAAAUUUAAUAGUUCAAGAAGUGAAUCCAUUGUGUGAGGUUAUAAACAUUGUAGAGCCUGAUAAUAUUUUGUCAUUAGAUGAGGCAGAUGGAAGUGCUGAUUACGACUCAUUUGAUAAUUCUGUUAGCCUCGAAAAUACUACCAGUACUAAUACAGCAGUUACGGUUUCGAUUAAAGACGUGACCGCUCUCCCAGAUAGCUUAAAAUAUUGGGCAAACGAAAACAAAAUCCCUAGGGUAGCAUUGAGCAAACUUUUACGAAUUUUACAGCCUUACCAUUCUGAUAUACCAAAGGAUUACAGAACAUUAUUAAAAACCCCUGGCCAUAUAAAUACAAAAUUAUUACAAACUGGCGAAUACAUUCAUUAUGGGUUGGAAAAUGCCUUAAAAAAAUUUCUUUUACAUACAAAGUACAAAUCAUUUUCUUUCAAAAUUGCCUUCAAUAUAGACGGAAUUCCAUUAUUUAAAAGUACAAAAACCAGUUUAUGGCCAAUAUUAGGUUUAAUAAAAAAUGCAAAUAACAGCACACCUUUUGCAAUUGGUAUUUUCUGUGGUUCAUCAAAACCUUCACCGUUAAAUGAUUAUCUUCAAGAGUUUUUGAAAGAAUUAAUUCACUUAAUGAAAAAUGGUCUUCAAUAUAACAAUAAAAAUUAUUCAGUACAAAUACAUAGUUUUAUAUGUGAUGCUCCGGCGCGAGCUUUUAUAAAAUGCGUUAAAAAUCACGGAGGUUACUCCUGUUGUGAAAAAUGUACCGUAAAAGGGCAAAGAUAUAUGGGAAGAGUAAUUUACAAGGAUUUAUCAGCUUCUAAACGAACUGACCAAUCUUUCUUGCGUCGAAUAGAUAAGGAGCACCACUUGGGGAGAUCGCCAUUAGUUAAACUUAAUAUUGGUUUAGUUACAGUUUUUCCAAUCGAUUACAUGCAUAAUCUAUGUCUUGGGGUAAUGAAAAAGCUUUUGAACGCUUGGGUGGAUGGGUCGCGUCCAACUAAAUUUUCUAAGCAGUCGGUAGAGGAAAUAUCAACCUACUUAGUAUCUUUACAAAAACAUAUUCCUAUGGAGUUUAAUCGGAAACCCCGUACUUUAGCAGAUAUUGCUCGCUUUAAAGCGACGGAAUUCCGCAUGUUUUUGCUAUACUUAGGUCCUUUAGCUUUGAAAGAUGUUGAUAAAGCAAUAUAUCAAAAUUUUCUACUGCUGCAUUCUGCUGUUACAAUAUUGAUUUCGUCUAAACAUAUAAGUAAUUUAGGUACCCAGUUAGCUCAUAGUUUUUUAACGACUUUUGUAAAACAUUGCCAGCGCCUGUAUGGACCGCAGUUUGUAAUUUACAACGUACACCUUCUGGUUCAUUUAAAAGAUGAUGUUGAUAAGUACGGUCCAUUAGACAGUUUCUCAGCAUUUCCCUUUGAGAAUUUUCUAGGCCAAUUGAAAAAGUUGGUAAAAUCUUCAAAGCUUCCGUUGCAGCAAAUAAGUAGACGAUUACUAGAAACCGAUAACUGUUUUAUUAGUACCCCCGACGUUUAUUUGGAUCUUUUAAAAUGCGAUCUUGAACACACUUAUGGCCCUUUGAGUACCAACGAUUAUCAUAACGUUAAACAAUAUAAAAAAGUGUCAUUUCAACAUAUUACUGUAACAACUAUUUUUUAUUCUCAAGCUGAUUGUUACUGCAUGAUUGAUGACAAAAUAAUUGAAAUUCAUAACAUCUUAAAAAGGGAUGAUGGGUCUGUUUUUAUUCUGGGAAAAGUGUUUUCUACUUUAAAACCUUUAUUUUUAUAUCCGUUUAAUUCACUUCAAUUGCAUAUAGCUGUAAUAGACGAUUUAUGCAAAGAAUUUUGUUUAUGUGACCCCUGUAAAUUACAAUGUAAAUGCAUAGUCCUUCCUUUAAAAAAUGGGUCCGGUCGUUGUGCUUUACCAAUAUUACAUUCACUUGAAAAGAGUACCUAAGCUCCACAGCUCAUGGAUUACGUGCAAAAUAGUACCAAAUAAUGUUUUAUUUUUUAUUUUAAAUGAAUGUGUGUGUAUUACUGUGUAAAUGCUAUUUAAAAGAAUGGUUAUUUUUUAUGAUUUUUUUAAAAGUGUAUUUUGUUUUUUAAUAAAAAUAUUUUAUGUCGAUUAAUCGUUUUUUUUUUGUUUCUAAAUAACGUCAUAAACACGUCAUAAACUAGAAAAUAUAUACGUAGUUUUACGUUAUAAUAUGACGUUAUUCGACGUCCCCUACUAGACGUCUAUGGGCUGUGACAUUUUCACGUCCUUUUUUCGUAAUUU